AAAGUCGUCAGCCCCGUAAAAGUUUUCACCUUUCUUCCUUCUUCGCCCCAUCCAUCCCACCUCGCUCUGCCGACCGCCCCCACCUCUCCACUCUCCCGCGAGGCCAACGCCAUGAACGAGCCCGCAGCGUAGGCACAGCACAGCGCAGCGCACCGGAGGCCGCGAGUCAGCCAUGGGCCGUGCGAGGGCCAAGGACGCCGGCUACGGGGGCGUCAAGUCGUUCCCGUCGCCGGCGUCGUCCUCGGCGUCGUCCUCCGAGUUCGAGUUCACGGUGACGCAGUCGCCGGGGUCCAAGCAGCGGUCGGCGGCGCAGCUGUGCCCCGCCGACGACCUGUUCUACAAGGGCCAGCUCCUGCCGCUGCACCUGUCGCCGCGCAUCUCCAUGGUGCGCACGCUGCUGCUCGCCUCGGCGUCCACGUCGUCCGCCUCCGCCUCCGACUCCACCUCCACCUCCCGCGACUCCAACGGCAGCACCUCCUCCUCCUUCUCCACCGACUGCGCCGCGCUCCUGCUCCCGGACUCCGCCCCGUCCUCCUCCCGCCCCAGCUCCGCCACCGACGACGACCGCCACCUCAACCUGCUCCGGGGAACCGCCUCCUACGCCGGGCUCCCGCCGGCUAAGCGCACCGGCAAGCAGUACCUCUCGUCCUUCGCCACUCGCUUCUCCUCCGUCUUCCUCCACCGCGGCGCCUCGCCGGCCGCCAAGAAGCCGUCCAACAAGUCGCUCGCCAAGGAGGUGAUCAAGAAGUACGCCAAGAAGGUGAAGCCUCUGUACGAGAAGCUGUCCCAGAUCCCCAAGAACCAGAGCAACCAGCCUCCUCCGCCGCAGCCCCCGCUGCAGCACCAGCAGCAGCAGCAGCAGUGUUUCAAGAAGCCAUUCAGUUUCUCGAUCCGGAAGAAGCGGGGCGAUGAAGACCACGCCGCGGCGGCGGCAGCGACCGAGGUGAGCGCCGGCAAGUACGCGCACUCAAACUCCUUCUCCGGGAACCUCCGGUUCCCGCGUCAGAAGCGGUGCGCGGCGAGCUGCCCGUCGUCGAUGCGGUCGUCGCCGAACCACUCCGGGAUGCUCUCCUUCGGCGGUGCGGGCGGGGUCGGCUUCCCCGACGUGCCGGCCGCAGCAGCGGCGGCCAUGACGGGCGGCAUUGGCAUCGGGCCCGUGUCGCUGUCGGCGGCGUCGUCGUCUUCGAUGGAAGAGCUCCAGAGCGCCAUCGAGGGCGCCAUCGCGCACUGCAAGAACACGAUGGGCGGCGUUGUGUCCCUGUGCCCGCGUAAGGGGGCGGCGGCGGCGACGGCCGGCGAGAUCAGCGCGUUCUGAGCGGCGCGCGGGUGCAUGCAUGCAUGCACUAGGAUUCGUGCGGGGAGCUAAUCAGUGGUAUCCAUGUGUUAAUUUUUGUUCGUUUAAUUAGCUUUGUGUCCUUUGGGUAAGACUUUUAAGAUGAUGUUGGUAAAUAAGGGUAGCUCGAAGGGGUAAAAUGGGACUCUAAUCCUUCCUUUGGACGUCUUUUCUCCCGUAGUGUGAAAUUUGCAUCGGUGUCCUCCAAAUAUUGCCUCCAAAAUCUAAAUUAAUGUGCCAAAUACACCAAGAAGCAUAAAUUUUGCAGGAAAUGUUAUAAGAUAGGUUGGGUGUAUUUCAGUGCAAAUGUCCUAGAGAGCAUUAAGUUGGGUAUUCAGGGAAAAUAUGAUCUUCUUGGCAGGAUCACAUGCAUGUCAAUUUUUCAUAGUUGUGUUUUCCAAUCGAUAAUUUGGCAAGUGGAACCCAUAAAGAGUACUCCCUACGUUUCAAAAUAAGUGUCUUAAAUUUAUAUUAGCUUUAAUAGUAUAAAGUUAUACUAAAUUUAAUACAUUAAUUUUGGGACUGAAGGAGUAUGUAGGUUUGAGAAGUGAGGCGUUGCUAGCAUUCUAUACCAUCAAGUUUAGAACACGAAUCUCCCAACUUAAACUUGUGAUGGAGUUGCCGAUGCAAACACUUCAUUCUCUGGAGAAUAGGCGUGCAGAAUCCGUAGUUAACUAGACCGGGAUACCCUUCCAAAUAAAAGGUUAGGAGUGGGAUUUUGGUCUAAUGCUGUGGCCGUCUCAGCUAGCGGUGUCAAAUUUUGUUUUGUAAUGUUGUCCCAAGACAAGUGUUUAUUCAGCUAAUCAUAAUAUAGUUCGGCUUUCCUA